ACAGUAAAUCACAAUCCAUUGCAGUCUUCCGGUUGUCCAAUGAAAACCUAAAUGGCAACAAGUGUGGAUACCAACGCCACUAACAGUAACGGCGACGGAAGCCUUGAUACAAUCAACUAUCACGAUAUCUACAUUCAACAGACCAGUAGUAAUGACAGUGAGCUUAGUAGGAUAGAACCAAUGAUAUCAAAUACAGACCCGCCGUCCUACAAUCAACUUUCAACUAUAGCAGCAAUCAACACUAGUAACGAUGAUAGUGAUGCGGUUACAGGUCGUAUUGGUACUAGUAACGUAAUUGUUAUCCAUGAUAGUACCACGGGUGGAAGUCGAAGAGGAGAUCCACCUACUUAUGAGGAAGCGAUAAAUCCAGAUGCACCUCCACCGACGUAUGACUCUCUGUUCGGAAGAGUUCGUGAAGCGCACAAAUCAUCUACCGGAAUGGUGGAUUUUUUAAAAAACGUGCUUAUUUUGUUACUGGGGACUUUGGGUUUCACAAUUAUUCUUGGUAUCACGAUUGUCAUUCCUGUGUGUAUGAUUGUAUUCGGAGCGAUAUACUUGUAUGACUGUCCACAAAAUGAAUACAUUCCGGUGUUUCUGUUGGUUGGUGGCGGUUUCAGUGUACUCAAGCAGCUGUUGCAUCUAUCGACAAGGGUUCGAAAUCGCGAAGAGCAGGAAUUGGAACGAUUAAGGCAAACGCCAACGCAGACACUCAUUAAUUGCUUUAUGCUUGGCUGGUUUAUCAUAGGAUCAUUCUGGAUUUAUCGAAUUUACGAACCCAAUUACGAUCCGACGCUGGGCAAAUAUUGUAAUAAAUCACUCUAUUUGUUUACGUUCUGGUUAAUAACAUCCGUUUACAUGACGCUGGGUGUCAUCACUGUUGUCCUGUGCGGGGUUAGCAUCAUUAGCAUUUCCAUUCAUAGAAGGGCAUAACAGUUGAAUGUUCUGUUUGAAGUUUAAGUUGGCGCUUAUUGUUGGUUGGAGUACCAAUCAUUGCGGCAUGUUUGAGAUUUUAGGACUGAUUUACAUAUAUGCAUGCAUGAAUGAAGACCGAUUUGUGUUUUGAUUUGAUUCAAAAUAGGUAAAACAACAAACAGAAUUCUGUUGGACGAUACCAAAUAUAUAUCCAGAUAUAAUAAACUGUAUUAUUUUUCACUUUUUAAAAAAGCUAAAAUUACAUGGCUAAUAGGUGCCAUAUUUAAAUAUUUACACAGCUUUAAGAAUUUUAUCUAUUUUCAGUUUUUCGACCAAAACUUUUUCAAAAAAAAAGCUCUGAUACAAAAAUACAAAUUUUGCUGUAGAACUGGUGAUUUUUGCCUCAUGUUUGUACAGAAAACAUGUUACAACUUUGCACAAUUGCAGUACGUGACCGUUUUGUACGAUAGCAAUGCGAUUUAAUCAGUUAUUUACAAGAAUCCUUCAAUAAAUUUACCUUAUAAAACGUUUAA